GAAGAGGCGUGUGUUGCAUGACGUAACAUAUACGUAUAUAGAGAUCAGUGACUAACAAUGAUACGAACAAAGGAAUUAAACAAUGAUGCUCGAUCAGAUGUGGCGUAUAACAUGCAGUUGAUGCAGUCCCGAAUAAUGUAAACAUUAUUCGCACGAGUAUUAGUGAACUUUAUUACAUUCGAAUGUCUGACAAAAUUUACUAUAAAGAUAUAAUAUAACUAUUUUAUACAUAGCACUGUGAUAAUAUUUAUGAAGAAAAUUGUUUAAAAAAUAAAAUGGAGCAAAUAGUUACAGGAUGGAGACGUUAUGCGUUGGUACAGCCAUCUCUGAUGGUGCUAAUAUUUGCUCAAGCGAUAUCAAGUAAUAUUUUAACAGAUUUAAUAGUAUAUCGUGUUUGUAAAAUAACAUUAGGUAAAAAUAAAACAGAAUGUAUGCUAUUGCAUGAAAACAGCAGUUGUGCAGAAGCAUUACAAAUAGACUUACAAGUUCAACCUGAAGUAAGUUUAAUUUUGAUGACAAAAACUUGUUUUGAAAGUAUUUUUCCUGCAUUUUUAUCUCUGUUCCUGGGACCAUGGAGUGAUAAACAUGGAAGGAAACCAAUCAUUAUAUCAGGAUAUAUUAGUAUAUCACUGAUGUAUUUUAUUUUAUCCUUAAUGACUGUUUGGGAUAUCAAUCCAUGGUUUUUAUUAAUUGCUUAUGUACCUAUUGCUUGUCUUGGAGGAUUUUGUAUAGUAUUAUUAGGUACUAUCUGUUAUAUUUCUGACAUAUCAAACGAACAAGAUAGAUCAUGGCAAUUAGCUUGGAUGGACGUUUUAAUAUUUGUUGGUAUCAUAACUGGUAUAUUGAUCGGUCCUAUUGUUUUUCAAGCAUAUGGAUAUACAGUUGUAUUUGGUUGUACCAGUUUAUGUUGUACUUUAGCAGGCUUGUAUAUUUGGUUAUUAGUUCCUGAUACUAUACACAAUAGAAAUUUAGUAACUUUAAGUAGCUUGUUUGAUUUGAACUUAGUCAAAGAACUUAUUAGUACAUGUACCAAAAAACGAGAUGGAUUCAAUCGAAAAAUAGUUUGGUGCUGCUUAACCACCAUUAUUUUAUUAGUCACAGUCAUGCAAGGAGAAAUGACUAUUGGAUAUCUAUUUACAAAUGCUAGACUUGGGUGGGAUGUAAAUAAAUAUUCUAUUUAUACAGCUACUAAUAUACUGCUCAAAACUUUUGGAUUAAUAUUUGGUGUCAAAAUUUUAACAGUAUAUGCAGGACUUUCCGAAAAGAUGGCAGCUAUAUUGUCAUUAUUGUCGAGUAUAAGUAGUUCUUUAGUUCAAAGUUUUACAUGGAAAUCUUGGCACAUGUAUUUAUCUGUAGUUGUUGGAGUAUUUAGUGGCGUUACUAAUCCUAUGUUGCGUACUAUAUUAUCUAAGUCAGUGCCUCCAGAGAAUACCGGUAAGAUAUUUUCUUUGACAAUAUCUAUAGAAACAUUAACUCCACUUAUAGCAGCUUCUUUAUAUGGAAUGAUUUAUUCACGCUUUAUGCCACCUUUAUAUCCAUUACCAGUUUGGCUGGUAUCUGUAGGAAUUUAUAUUAUUGCAAUAUUCGUAUUACUAAACAUACGAGUACAAGAUAAAAACACUUUGAGGUACGCACCAUUGACACAAAAUAGUGAGUUAUUGUCAUAAGAUUAUACAGAUAUCUAUCGCACA